AAUCCAGCGAGGAUCAUCGUCAGAGGUGGGUCCCCGCCAGCGUUUCCGCGCGGCUCGUCACCGUCACCGCCACCACUGGCGAUGAGUAAGCGCGUGGCCGCGGAGCCUGAGGCCUGGCGUCCGCCCGCCCGCCUGGGCGAGGAGUGGGCACGUCUGCGCAUGACCGGGCGCCGCGGGGGCCGCUGGGUGUUGUAGUUCCACCGGCUCACCAUCGGCCGCUGGUCGCGGGUGAAACGCCCAUGCGCGUGACUCCAUCUCCCAGCGUGCUUCGCGUUACGGUGCCGUGGAGCUUCUGGCAGAGCGCUCCCUCAAUUCCAGUGGCACUUUCUUUGUGACUCGCCGUCUCUUCGAAGUCUCCAGUCGUCUGCAAAUGUCCACGGUUACCUGUGAUUUAUCCCACAACUAAUAAUAACUAACAGUGCCCUAGUCUUGCGGUGGAAUCGAUAUGGGAGAAUAAUACCGAUGGUGAUGAGGCUUCACGUCUGCCACUAUCAGUAUCCACUUGUUUCGGUGGCAUCUUUACGGCACCUGGAGAAAUUUGCGUGUGCUAGGUGUAAUUUCUAUUGUGUGACUGAGGAGUAAUCCAGGGAUGGAGGAAGACCAGCACAACGCAGAUGCAAGCCCAACGCCAUCAGCAGUAUUUGACGAUGAUUCACACAAUAUGUCCGAUAUUCCACAAAACCUGUCAGAUGAAGAUGCUUUUAAACUUUUGUGGGAAAUGAAGAUGCGAAAAAGGCAGGGGAAGCCAAAUCUACCAGACACUGUCACUGAACUCAGCACAGAAGAUGGUUGUAAGGUGUACCUGGUUGGCACAGCCCACUUUAGCGAGAGUAGCAGAAACGAUGUUGUGAAGACUAUUCAAGAAGUGCAGCCAGAUAUAGUGGUCGUAGAACUAUGUCAGUACAGAGUCUCCAUGCUCAAAAUGGAUGAAAAGACAUUACUUAAGGAAGCCAGAGAAAUCAAUCUGGACAAGUUACAGCAAGCUAUAAAACAGAAUGGAGUAAUGUCUGGAUUGAUGCAGAUGCUGCUAUUGAAGGUCUCUGCUCACAUCACAGAACAGCUGGGCAUGGCCCCAGGGGGUGAAUUCAGGGAAGCCUUCAAGGAGGCUGGAAAAGUGCCUUUCUGUAAGUUUCACCUUGGGGACAGGCCCAUCCCUAUCACCUUUAAAAGGGCCAUUGCUGCACUUUCACUCUGGCAGAAGGUCAAAUUAGCCUGGGGUCUCUGUUUCUUGUCUGAUCCCAUCAGUAAAGAUGACGUAGAAAAGUGCAAACAGAAAGAUCUUCUAGAACAGAUGAUGUCCGAAAUGAUCGGAGAGUUUCCUGAUCUUCAUCGAACCAUUGUUGCUGAACGGGAUGUUUACCUAGCCUAUAUGCUAAAGCAAGCCGCAAAGCCAUUAGAACUACCUCUGGCUUUAGGACCUGAGCCCAGUCAACGAAUGCCAUCCGUUGUGGUGGGAGUAGUUGGAAUGGGUCAUGUGCCAGGAAUUGAGAAGAACUGGAAUAAUCUAUUAAACAUUCAAGAAAUAAUGAGUAUUCCUCCGCCAUCUUUAGCGACUAAAGUAUUGAAGUUUUCCCUUAAAACAACUGUUAUUGGACUUGUGGGUUAUGGCUGCUACCGUUUGGGAAAAGGGACCAUUAAGCUGAUGCUGUCAAGGCCAUUAGUACAGACUUACCUCCAUAAAUAUACAAAUCAAAUAUUCUAACUGAAAGAAAACAUUUUGAAGACCUUCUACUUGUUGUUUGAGAAGAGCUGAAGGAAAAUAUGCAGGAAUCUUUGUAUUUUCCCUUGUUUACUUUACACUUUGAAUUCCGUAUCAGACAUGAUUCGUAACAUGGAUACGUUCUCCUCACUGAAAAGCUACACCAUCUGCGAGUGGGAAGAAAUAAACAUCAUAAAAUGUACUGAUUCCAUGUUAUCUAAAAAAUGCCUCUAUUUUAAUGCAGUAUAUCUGAUCUGUGAAUGGCUUGAACUUAAUCCACAAGUCACUAUUUUAAGCCUAUCGGUUUGGGGAUAGGUGUGGAAGAACGUAGAAAAAUUACAAAUUCAUAUUUUGAAAUUUUGCAAUAUUACUAUUUUCAUUUAAUGGAACAUCAAUGGACCUAUGGUUACUUUAAAAUCAUGUUCAGAUGCCACUGAGCCAAUCGUGAUUAUCUGAGAUGUCCAUUACAACUGAAACUGCACAAAACUCAUACAUUUUAAGAUUUUUAUGUAUUAUCCAUAAGGUAGCACCUGUAUGGUUUACAGUUGAUAAUGCAACCAGUAGAAUUUAGAAACAUUUGCUAACUCUUAUUUUGAAAGGUGGUGGAAUUCUAUUAAAAUAAGUAUUUAAAAUUAUUUAUGAUUCACUCAUUCAAAACCUACGUGCAUUCACAAUUUAUUUUGGGUUCCCCUCUGAAAGUUUGCCAUUUCACAAUGCAUUUCAAACAGAGGGGUAGACUUCUUCCCUUUCCCACUCCCUCCCUCCACUUCCUAGAUUUAGUCUCCAGAUCUCUGAAGGUAUUGACACCUUGCAGGCAGUGCCCUAUAAUUGCUGGGUACUUUCCCUUACUUUGGUUGAUUUUUCCAAGAUUCAAAUCGGGUUAAGUAUUGUCGGGCAAUUUUCCAAUGAAGGAGCAUCAUUGGCCUUGAUAUAUAUGCAGGUUUCCAGCUGCCUGGUAGAUUGAAUUCCUGUUUCCAUCCCGCAAAUGCUUCAACUUUCUGAGUCAUUUGAAAUUAAAUCCAUGUAAUGCAACUAAAUGACAUUAUCUACUUUUAAUGCUUUACUCCUAUUGCCUUGUUUUCAAGUGAUUGUAGUUUUCCUAAAAACCAGUUAAAUGCCAAUUCGUGGCCGACAUAAAUCUGAUUAAAGA